CCUACCACCCCAUCCACCACUUAGCAUCCACGUAAUAAGAAGACGGCAUCUUUCUCAAGAGCCUUCUCUUCUUUAAUUCCUCUCCACUCAAUACUCUAAUUUCCUCUCCCCUCCCUCCGCCUCUCUUCACAAUGGCCUCCAAAACCGCCGAGAAGGUCGAUGCCGCCGCUCGCGCUGCCGCUGCUUCUGCUCCCGGCCAGCUGAGCGGUGUUGGUCUCUACUCCAGAUUCGCCCUCGCCGGUGCCAUCUGCUGCUCCGUCACCCACGGUGCCAUGACUCCCGUUGAUGUCGUCAAGACAAGGAUUCAGCUCGACCCUGCCACCUACAACCGAGGUAUGAUCGGUGGCUUUAGGCAAGUUAUUGCCAACGAGGGUGCCGGUGCUCUGUUGACCGGUGUUGGUCCCACCUUCGCCGGUUACUUCCUCCAGGGUGCUUUCAAGUUCGGCGGUUAUGAGUUCUUCAAGCAACAGUCUAUCAACUACCUUGGCACCGAGAAUGCCAUCAACUAUCGAACCGGCGUUUACCUCGCCUCGUCCGCGGCCGCCGAGUUCUUCGCCGAUAUUGCCCUGUGCCCUCUUGAGGCUACCCGUAUUCGUCUUGUCUCUAAGCCCACCUACGCCAAUGGUCUCAUUGGCGGCUUCACCAAGAUGCUGAAGCAGGAAGGUGUUGGUGCUUUCUACGCCGGUUUCGGCCCCAUCCUGUUCAAGCAGGUGCCCUACACCAUGACCAAGUUCGUCGUCUACGAGAAGGUCGCUGAGGCCGUCUACCGCCAAUUCCCCAAGAAGGACAUGUCCGACGGCAUGCAGACCACCGUUAACCUGGGAUCUGGUUUGAUUGCUGGUUUCGCUGCUGCCCUCGUCUCCCAACCUGCCGACACCAUGCUUUCCAAGAUCAACAAGACCAAGGGUCUCCCUGGUGAGGGUACCACCAGCCGUCUGAUCAAGAUCGCCAAGGAGCUUGGCCUCCGUGGAUCAUACAGCGGUAUCGGUGCCCGUCUCUUCAUGGUUGGUACCUUGACUGCUGGACAGUUCGCCAUCUACGGUGACAUCAAGAAGGCCCUAGGUGCUACCGGCGGUGUCGAGAUCUCAAAAUAAGCGUAUCUCGACACUUCAAGACUAGUCAAGGGUUCAGAGGAUGAUUCGACUGGAGAGGGGCGUAAUAACGGAUAAGCGGUGACGCUCUGAUUGUGCAACUUAGCUGGAUGUCGAGCUGUUUUGUGCUUUUAGGAGAUCCUUGUCGCCGGUUUUUU